UUUCGCGGAGUCAACAAUCGAUCAAUAUGAAAAACCCCGGGCAAACGAGCAAAUCCCGCCCAAUGCGCAACACUCAAUCAAUUAUCGUAAGAUCGGCGAUUCUAAACAAAUCAUGCAAACAUAUCACGUGCGGUCACUUGAUAUGAUUCGGGUCACGUGGAAUCAGGUGACUUAUACCGAUGGGCCUCGGCUUAUCGGCUCCCCGCGAAUUGACUAGCUCGUUCAAUUUCAGUUAAUCGAAAUACGGGAAACAUUGAAAAUGACCUCCCCCAUCACCGUGACCUAUCGCGAGCGCAUCGCCGUGAUUACGAUCAACCGUCCCAAGAAACUGAACGCUCUCGACCAGGAUCUGUACUACCAGUUGGGCGAGCAUCUGCGCGAGAUUGAGAAGCGCGAUGAUAUCUCCAUUACCGUUCUCACUGGCGCGGGGCGGUUUUUCUCUGCCGGCGCAGAUGUAACAGCCUCCCGCCCCAGCGGCUCCCUCUCCUCCUCCGCCCGCCGCGACAUCCUCCGCAGCUUCGUUGCCAACAACAUCGAUGUCACCCGCGCCUUCUACAGCCACUCCAAGAUUCUCGUCGUCGCUCUAAACGGCCCCGUCGUCGGGCUCUCCGCUGCCCUAGUCGCUUUUGCGGAUUUCAUCUACGCGACUCCGCAUACAUUCCUACUUGCUCCGUUUGCGUCGCUGGGACUCGUCGCGGAGGGCGGUGCGAGCCGCGCGUUCGUGGAAAGAAUGGGUAUUUCGAAGGCGAACGAGGCGCUUAUCAUGAGUAAGCGGAUUACAUGCGCCGAACUGGAACAAACGGGGUUCGUUAAUAAAGUCAUCUCCGCGCCAUCCGGUAAUCAAACCGAUUCUGAGGGCUUCCUGGGUAAAGUGUUGGAGGAAGUUGACGAGAGACUCGGGGCACACUUGAAUCAGAGCAGUCUAUUGAAGAUUAAGGAGUUGAUUAGAAGGCCGGGACGGGAGGUUUUGGAGAGGCAGAAUGGGAUUGAGGCGUUUAUGGGGUUGGAGAGGUUUUUGAGUGGGGUGCCGCAGGAGGAGUUUCGGCGGUUGGCUAGUGGGGAGAAGAAGCAUAAGCUGUAGCCUCGGUUUGGGGUGUGUAUAGGAUAAGGUACGGUGUAUAUAAUCUUUAUUUUGGUCAAUUUAAGUAGAUAUCAUAAAUA